CUUUCCUAUAACUUUCUCUCUAUAUAUAUUUUUUUCAUUAUUUAUUCUGACAAUUCUAGUUAAUUCUUCAUUUAUGUUGAUUUUAGUUUGCGUGUCAAAUCUUUUAAUUUAAUGUGAAGAAAUAAAUAUAUGGGUUGUUGGGUUCUUCCAGAUCCUUCUUCCGUAAUCAUGUGCUGAUUAUUGAGGACUUCAUUUAAAUACCCUUUUUGUUCGGUUCACAAUUUCAAUUGAAAUUCUGUAUUUUCUGUCAAAAGCUUUUGUUGCCUGGCAGUUGGAUGUUCUGGUUCUCUUAGGCUUUGGACUCCUCAGGCUUGGUUUGGGUUUUGUGUUUUGAAAUAAAGAGAGAGGAUUCUGGUGUUGAAGGGUAAAGGAAGAUGGAUGAAGCAAUGGUGGCAAGGUAUUGGUGUCACAUGUGUUCUCAAAUGGUCAAUCCCAUCACAGAAAUUGAGAUCAAAUGCCCUUUCUGUCAAAGUGGAUUUGUGGAAGAAAUGGGCACCACCACCACCACAAGGGACAGUCACGAUCCUGAUCCUGAUCCCGAUUUUGGAUCGGAUCGUGCACUUUCCCUUUGGGCCCCAAUUCUGCUUGGCAUGAUGGGUAAUCCCCGUCAUAGAUUAAGGAGAUUCAGGCGGAGGGGUAUUGAUGAUGAUUUUGAUGAUAACCAGUCUGAAGUCAAUGAUGAUGUAGAGGCACACCGCGAGGGAGAAACUGAAUUGGACCGUGAACUUGAGUCGAUCAUUAGGAGGAGGAGGAGGAGCUCAGGUGCAAUUGUCCAGUUGCUGCAAGGAAUUCGAGCUGGAAUGAUAGCUGAGGCCAACAACAACGCUGAAGGAGAAAAUACGGAUAGUAAUAGAGAGCGAGAGCGAGUAAUUUUGAUCAAUCCAUUCAAUCAAGCCAUCAUAGUUCAGGGUUCUUAUGGCUCAAGUGGAGGUCAAAACCAGAACCAGGGUCCAAUUGGGUCAUUAGGAGAUUACUUUGUAGGUCCUGGACUGGAUUUGUUGUUGCAGCAUUUGGCUGAGAAUGAUCCAAACAGAUAUGGGACUCCACCAGCACAAAAGGAGGCAAUUGAAGCAAUGCCCACUGUGACAAUCAAGGAGAACUUGCAGUGUUCAGUAUGUUUGGAUGAUUUUGAGAUUGGCACUGAGGCAAAGGAAAUGCCAUGUAAGCACAAGUUCCACAAUGCUUGUAUAUUGCCAUGGCUUGAACUACACAGUUCCUGUCCAGUUUGCAGGUUUCAGUUACCUUCUGAUGAAUCAAAGCUUGAUUCGGAUAGGUCUAGGAGUAGCAAUAACCAAAGGGGGGAUGCCAAUAGUACUGAUCAUAAUGGCCAUGAUAGUAACGGUGGUGAAGCGGGAGAUGGAGAGGGAAGGAGUGGAGGUGGUAGAAGGUUUUCAAUCCCUUGGCCAUUUAGUGGGUUGUUCUCUUCUUCAGGUGGUAAUUCAUCUUCAUCGUCGUCUUCGUCAUCAAAUGCGGCUGGAAAUUUUCCUCAAACGGAUGAGAAUUGAGUAUAAUAUUGUUCAUAAGCUGUUUCUGUGAUAGCUUGUCCUUCACUAUGUUGCUUGGAUGUUGUUAUAUACUUAUAUUCCCUUGCGCCUUCCUUAUUAUGUACAGAGUUUCUUACUUACUGGAAAAAUGGGUUUUGAUUGGUUUCUUCAGAUCUUUUGGCCAAUUAGAAUUUCUAUUGAUGCUGUUCUACCAGCUCUCCUAGUUUGUAUAAUUAUAAAUUUUUAGCUGCUUUUGAAAGAUUCAACAGUUUUAUUGC